AACAGUUCUAGCGUCCCCGCGCAGCUGUCGCAGUGCCCCGCUUUCAAGGGACUUCCAGGGCCGUUGUUCCCACGCCAAGUUGAUUAACUUCACAGUUUUCCGAGAAUCGCAGGAUUGCCGAGCCGAGACCAACGGACGAUGUGUUUGUCAGCGCCCGUCAUCAUUGAUGACAGGCAGACCACAUAUCGGGCACGUCAUGUAAUCCAAGAAGCCUUAACGCUGCACUGUGAAUCUGCGGCAAGCAUGUGCCUGGGCGAGCCCGAGAAAUUGGACCCCGAGCUUUCGGCAUCCGGCACCCCACCAACGCCGAGAUGGCCCUCGGUGGUCAUCCGACUGACCUGACCCCCCUCGUCCUCGACAUCGAACUCUAAGAAUUGACGGAAGCACAUCUCUAAAGAAUCAGAGGGGCGCCGAAUUCGCUCCCGCCCAGACCGCAAUCGUCUAAAUUGAAUUUUCCAACCCUCACCACCAACCACAUCGUCGACCCCGCCACCACCUCCCUCCCGCCGACGCAGAGCCAGCAACCGAUCCAUCGCAGCCAUGCCGUCGACGACCCCGUCCUCUGGUCACAUCGACCGGUCCCAAUUCGACAGCAUCCCCGACACCGUCCAAGCCUUCCGCAACGGCGAAUUCGUGGUGGUCCUCGACGACCCGUCGCGCGAGAACGAAGCAGACCUGAUCAUCGCGGCGGAGGCCGUCACGACGGAGCAGAUGGGCUUCCUGAUCCGGCACACGUCGGGGCUGGUGUGCGCGCCGGUGCUGCCGGCGCGCGCGCGGGAGCUGGCGCUGCCGCCGAUGGUGGCGCGCAACGAGGACCCGCGGGGCACGGCGUACACGGUCAGCGUGGACGCGGCCGACGCGCGCGUCAGCACGGGCAUCAGCGCGCACGACCGCGCCCUGGCCUGCCGCUUCCUGGCCGACGACGCCGGCCGCUCCGCCGCCGACUUCCGCCGCCCCGGCCACGUGUUCCCCCUGUGCGCGAAGCCCGGCGGCGUGCGCCAGCGCCGCGGCCACACCGAGGCCGCCAUCGACCUGUGCCGCCUCGCCGGGAAGAAGCCCGCCGCGGUGAUCAGCGAGCUGGUCGACGACGGCGCCGAGGUGCCCGGCCGCGCCCUGCGGGAGGCGCCGGGGAUGCUGAGGGGCGAGGCGUGCGUCGCCUUUGCGAGGAAGUGGGGGUUGAAGGUGUGCACGAUUGCGGAUUUGGUGGAAUAUCUGGAGAAGACGGAGGGGAAGCUGCCGGUGAAUGGCUCGUGAGGGAUUUCCGGCUCGAAGUGGUGGGAUGGCAUAUAAGAGGUUUAAAUCAUGGUGGCGGUGUGUUUUCACGCGCCUGCAUCUACACACCCAGGGGCUGAUAGAUCCGAGGGGGUUUCUUGGUGCAUCGCACAUGUAGAUAUCGUCUUGGACACGGCGGCGCAUCGCGGUUUUGGGUUUGGCUGGGCCGUUGCUGAUAGAAAAAAAAGAAGAGGUUUCACAGCCUUGUAGUAGACAGGUUGCAAAUCCGUCGGACAGCACCCGCUAUUGCAUGGAGCAUCGAUGUGGCUGAAAUCAAGCCGAUAAUACUAUGCGACACAAACGCCAACCAGCCCCCUUUUUUUUGUCUUUCCAAUCUAUGCAACAACAACAAA